ACAUAGCGUCGCGAGUAGUCUUGUGGUGUUGGAUUAUAAUUUCAAACAUUUUUUUAAAUGAGUCGAUUUCAAAAAGUUUCGCUGGACCACAUUAUUUGUCAGGUUUUGAAGAUUCAUCACCCCAGUCUGAGAUUGCCGAUUGACAUCUCUCAGGACGGUCAACAGAUGGCGCCCCGCCCCAAAGAAUCAUUUUGACCUUUUGCGGAUGCGCGCGCCCCCUGCCGCGGAUUCCUCUGUUAGAAGUGUUGAUGCUUCGAGAGGUGAGUGAGCUCCACAUGAGAGACAUAUUUCUUAGGUAAAUAAUAUUUUUUCUAAACCAAACAUUGUUUGAUACCGUAGUACCUCAUUGCAUCUUGUAAGAUUUCAGAGGUCCACCUACUGGAGAUGGUCAAUUCAUUUUAUUGUCUUAAAUCUGUUUGGUUUUCUGUGUCACUUCCACGUUUGGGGAGCUUCCCACCCUCCAUCAUUAAAAGACAGCCUGAGCAAAAGUUUAGAUCUUCCAUGGUCAACAGAGGGCAAAAAGUUCAGUUUGAACCUCUGUUCACCCAUGUGCAACCAUAUACCGGGACUUCAGGUCUGAGUACCUCUGUGAGUCUUUUAACUUCAGUUUGUUUAUUCACGUCAGGGGUUGAUCACAUCCACCCAUAACGGUCGGCCACACAAGAAACGGGCGAGUAACAGACACAUCUUGACGCCUUUAAGGCAAAAUAUAAUCAUGUUUCCACUGCGUCUAUUCUCAGGGUUUAUGACCCUCGCCUUAUGUGCCUCACGUCAGUAUGUCUUUGUGAAUGAGAACAAGACAUGGACCGAAGCUCAGAGUUACUGUAGAGAGAAAUACACUGAUCUGGCAACCCUUGAAAAUGAACAAGAGACGAUCCAGUUACUCAACAUGAUGGAUGACCACAAUGAUCUGGCCUGGAUUGGACUUUAUGAUGAUAUAAACAGUUGGAAAUGGACUCUAGAGGACACAGAUUUCUUUAAAGAGACAGAUAAACAGUUCAGAAACUGGCAUAACCCGGGACCAGGAAAUUACGGAGGACAAAAUCUCUGUGUGUAUAUUGACAAUGGGAUAUGGAUUGAAAUAAGAUGCAGUCUACAGCUUCCUUUCAUUUGCUAUGAUGGAGGAGUAAAUGCUAGUUCUAGUUAUGUCAGUGUUUAUCAGUACAAAAACUGGACCGAAGCUCAGAGUUACUGCAGAGAGCAUCACACAGACCUUGUCAGUAUCAGGAAUGAGACUGAAAACCAGAAAAUACAAAUUUUAUGGCAGAACAUUGGUCCUGCUUGGAUUGGUCUGUACAGAAGCAGAUCUUGGUCAGAUCAAAGUAACUCUUCAUUCAGUAACUGGAUGCCAGGACAGCCAGAUAAUGCUGUAGGCAGUGAAUACUGCACCGUUGUGUCAUUGGGGGACUCUGGGAAAUGGACAGAUGAAAACUGCCUUCAUAGGUUUCCUUUCCUUUGCUACAGUGUGUCAUCUUUGGCAUCAUCCCGUCAGUAUCACUUUAUAUCUGUGAAUAAUAGCUGGUAUCAAGCUCAGACAUACUGCAGAGAGAAAUACACUGAUCUGGCAACCAUUGAUAACAUGGAUGAAAUGAACAGUCUGAUGAACACAGUUAAUGGGAGUUACAAUGGAUCAGCGUGGAUUGGACUGUAUGAUGAUCUGAAUAGCUGGAGAUGGUCACUGGAAAACAAUGAUUUCUAUCAGGAAGGAGAGAAAAACUUCAGAAACUGGUAUCAUGAACCAGAUAAUAAUGGGGGGAAUGAAUUAUGUGUUUAUAUGAAGACAGAUGAUGGGACCUGGUUUGAUUCAAUAUGUGACAUCAUGCUGUCAUUUAUUUGCUAUGAUGGUAGAGAGAAUGCCACACAGAGAUACAUCACAAUCACUGAGAAGAAGACUUGGACAGAAGCUCGGAGAUACUGCAAAGAACAUCACACAGAUCUGGUCGGCAUAAGAAACCGAACCGAGAAUCGGAGAUUGCUUCAAGGCGCAGAUGCUAUGAUCUGGAUCGGCCUGUACAGAAACAGGAUUUGGUCAGACCGACGUAUUUCCAAUUAUCAGAACUGGAGACCAGGAAGUCACAGACGUGAGAUCUCAAGAGCACUUGGGCCGAAGAGUGGUUUUCAGACGUGUACUGCUGUUUCACUUGGCCAGUUGGGUAAAUGGACAUAUGAGAGUUGUGUAUCCAUCAAGCCUUUCUUUUGCUACAGUAAAGGUACAGUAAGUCCCCAUCAGUAUCACUUUAUAUCUGAGUCUAAGAGCUGGUUUGAAGCUCAGCGAUACUGCAGAGAGAAUUACAUUGAUCUGGCCACCAUUGAAAACAAAGCGGAAAUGAACAAGCUCCUUAAAACAGUUCGGGGGAUUUACUCUGGUUCGGCGUGGAUUGGAUUGUAUGAUGAUAUGAACAGCUGGAGAUGGUCACUGGGAAACACAGAGUUAGGAGGAGGUUUUAAAAGUUGGAAUGUCCGACAGCCACAGAACUGGUAUGGACAGAGUCUAUGCGUGUUAAUGUCAUACCAGGCAAUAUGGUAUGAAACCAUUUGCUCCAAUGAGGCUCCUUUUAUUUGCUAUGAUGCAAGACAGAAUGCCGGCGCGAGUUAUGUGUAUGUUUAUGAUGCCAAAAACUGGACAGAAGCUCAGAGUUACUGCAGAGAGCACCACACAGAUCUUGUCAGUAUCAGGAACGAGACUGAAAACCAGAAGAUCCUAACUUUUUUUGAGAGUUAUCAAAUGGUUUGGAUUGGUUUGUACAGACGGAGAUCUUGGUCAGAUCAGAGUAACUCUACAUUCAGUAACUGGAUAGAAGGAGAGCCAAAUAAUGUUGAAAACUCUGAAGGCUGCACUGUUGUGUCAUUUAGUGACUCUGGGAAAUGGGCAGAUGAAAACUGCUAUCAUCGGUUACCUUUCCUUUGCUACAAUGCAUCAUCCUUUCAGUAUCACUUUAUAUCUGUGAAUAAGACUUGGACUGAAGCUCAGAGAUACUGCAGAGAGAAUUACAUUGAUCUGGCCACUAUUGAAAACAUGGAUGAAAUGAACAACCUGAUAAACACAGUUAAUGGGAGUUACAAUGGAUCAGCCUGGAUUGGACUGUAUGAUGAUGUGAACAGCUGGAGAUGGUCACUGGAAAACAAUGAUUUCUAUCAGGAAGGAGAGAGAGAAUUCAGAAACUGGUAUCAUCAACCAGACAAUUAUUUGGGGAAUGAGCUGUGUGUUUAUAUGGAUGCAAAUGAUGGAACCUGGUUUGAUGUCUCAUGUGACAGUUUUUUCACUUUUCUUUGUUAUAAUGACAGGGAAAACGCCUCUCAGAAGUACGUGUUGGUGUAUCAGGAAAAGACCUGGAGUGAAGCUCGGAGAUACUGCAGAGAGUUUUACACAGAUCUGGCCAGCGUGAGAAAUGAAACCGAGCAUAAAGAGAUACUUAGCAUUAAAUUGUUCCUUGAAAUUACAGAGGGUCGUAAUGAUAAUAAUUUGUGGAUUGGUCUGCACAGAAAAAAACUGUGGUCAGAUCAAAGCAACUCCUCCUUCACAUACUCGAUGCUAUGGACAACAAAUCUGGCUCCAGAACCAGAUAAUGGUUUAUCUGUAGGUCUGGCUGGGAUUCAACAUUGCACUGCUGUGUCUUUAGAGUAUUUUGGGUACUGGACAGAUGAGCGAUGCUCUGACCGUUUGCCUUUCUUCUGUUACAAUGGUGAGAAAUGUAUAGAUAAUAUGAAAGUAUAUAUAAUGUAGUAAUUUUUGCUAAUAUAAGC